CGCCCCCUGUAUGCAGACCGCGGAUUUUUGAAAAUAACGACUUAUUCAGUAGCAAGACGUCAAUCAAAAGGGCAGAUCAACGGCCGCAGUUUAAAACAUAUUGUCUGACAUCUGAACAUCAUGACAUCCAUCACUGAUCCGAGCUUGAGUGACAGCUUCUCCAGUGCAAUGGAGGAGAUCCAAAACAAACAGCGUAAAGCAUGUGAGGAGCUAAUGGACGCGACUACAGAGGCGUGCCAGUCCCACAGACAGUAUGUGAAGUCUGCAUUAGAUACAUGUUUAAAGAAAUUUAAGGACGAUGAGAUGGUCUUUGAGACGAUACAGACAUUCAAAAGAGACUUGGAACAAAACAGUGCAUCACUGAAAGAGAAACAUGGUGCCAUUUCAGAAGUGAUGUCUGAGAUUCAGCAGAAGGAAUUGCAGAGAGCUGACAUUAUCCAGAAGAUAGAGAAACUUAACGAAGAACAUGCCAAGAGAAAAGAGUUAAUUGAGUCUCAAAAUAAAGCAAACAAAGACAGACUGAGGAAUCUCCAGAAAGCCAGACUAGUCUUUCAGGAACAUUUGGGGAUGGAGAUACGAACAAUCCACGGCAAAACACAGUUGAUUAAAGGUGAAAAGCUGCAGUUUGUUUUCCGGAAUAUCAACCCUUCAGAUCAGGACAGCCCCUACGUCGUCACAAUGGGGAUAAAUGAAGACAAAACAUACCAGAUUGUGUCGAGUGACCCCGUGAUCGAGUGCAUGCCAGUCUUGGAAAGACGGCUUCAGGAGACCAAUAACUUACCAGCAUUCCUGGCAAACGUCAGGAAGGAGUUUAUCUCUAAGGCACGGCGCUAAGAUUGGAAAGAACCACACAGUGAAGUUCUUGCUUUAAUGUGGACUGAUGUCAGCAAAGAGGAGCAGCUUUCAGUCUGUACCCACAGUACAGGUUUGUAAACAAACAUCAACUGACUUGUCAAGACUAAUAGAUGUGGAUUUAAAAUACACUUCUGUGGGCAAUUAGUAAGAAACUGUAUUUUAAAAAUCUGGACUUCUGGCUGCACAAAUACUGGCAUCAAUUGUAUACACAAGUGUUCUGCCUCUUUAUUUCUGAGCAUGGUCUGUUAGUUUACUGCGUACUUGGCACUUGCACAUUUGACCAUGUAGUUUGGCCUUGAGAGAACAGGUGUUCUGAUGGAAAUGGUGACAGGGCCUCACUGAAUUUUGUGUCUCUCCUAAAUCUUGAAAAAGGCUCUAGUUGACUGUUGGUGUUGGUCUUCAGAAAUAAAGAUCAAAUAGUAAUUCA